CUGGUCCCGUCCUGAAUUUUUCGCCGCAGGCUAAACUUCACCACCUAGUCUUCAGAAAUAAAUCGCCGAACAAAUUUGUGUUCGCAACCAGUCAACCUCCACACCAAUCUCUGUCAUAGAUUGGUAGAUCCGGUCUCUUGCAAUCAGCAAGCCCAUCGAUCUUCGCCGGAGACUUGCAUUGCCCGGCCAUCUGCCUGAACGACUACGCGCCUCGGUCAUACAUCGUUGCGCGUGGCCGAAAAGAACGCAUCAACAUGGCUCCCAAGAAGAAGGAAGUCCAGAAGUUUUCUCUGGGCGAGUUUAUCCAGGAUACAAGUUACGGUGGCUCUUGGGCCGAUGAAGUCGAGGAUACAUAUGCCUCUGGCACUCAGCCUCUCCCUGCUUCCGACCGCCGACCUGGGUACUCUAGCUAUAGCACCGGAGGAUAUGCUUCUCUCCGUGACAACCUCCCUCAAAAGCUCCCCGACAAGCCACCCUACACUGCCCAUUUAGGCAAUCUGUCGUACGAUGCCACUGUCGAAAGUGUCACCGACUUCUUCGCCGACUGCAACCCGGUCAGUGUCCGCAUCAUCGAAGACCGAGAGCAGGGCCGGCCCAAGGGUUUUGCCUAUGCCGAAUUUGGUGAUCUGGAGGGCCUGAAGAAAGCCCUUACUUUUGAUGGACAGUCAUUUGAGGGGCGCUCCAUCCGAAUCAAGGUUGCCGACCCACCGAAGGAGCGAAUGGGAAUGGGAGCAGAUCGAGGUGAUGCUGAUCCUCGCGACUUUAAUGACUGGACCAGGAAAGGGCCGUUGGCGGAUCUCCCUCGUGGCAAUGACCGCCGUGGCAGUGGCUCUGAUUCAUUUGAGCGCCGUGCUCCACGUGAGCCCAUGGCCGAUGAUGGCAAAGUGCGAGACUACAACAACUGGGAGCGACGAGGCCCCCUAUCCCCCCUAGCCCAGGCUGAACGCCCCAGAGGCUCAGGUGGCUCAGGUUCCCGGGAGGGCUCUCGUGCUAGAAACAUGGAGACCCGCGCCGACUCAUACGCCAACAGGAGAGCUUCCCCAGCAUGGGGACCGGGAGAAGGCCGGCAGGAAGGGUCCCGUCCCCCGCGCCGAGAGUUUUCCGACCGCCCUGAGCGUGCCGAGCGUGCUCCCACUGCUGCCGAGAAGGACAAUCAAUGGCGAACUAGUAUGCGCCCAGACCUGCCCGUCAAGUCCCCUGGCCAGUCACGGGAAGGUAGUGAAGCUCCUUCAUCUCCUGCCGCCACCCAUGCUCUGCCUGUGGGUCGGCCCAAGCUCAACCUGACAAAGCGCACCGUCUCUGAUGCCCCCGACAUCACCUCGCCUGCCCUGUCAGCAACACAUUCAAAGGCUAGCCCCUUCGGUGCUGCACGCCCCAUCGACACAGCCGCCCGUGAGCGAGAGAUUGAAGAGAAGCGGGUAGCUGCAAUCAAGCAGAAGAAGGAAGCCGACGAAAAGGCAAAGGAGGAACGACGCCUUGCCAAGGAGGCUGCUGCCAAGGAGGCUGCCGAGAAGGAGGCCGCUGACAAGGAGGCCGCUGAACAGGCCGCUGAAAAGGCUCAGGGCGAGGAAGCCGCCAGAGAGGAGGCUGCCAAAGAGGAAGGCAGCGUAGCCAAUGGAAAGCCCGAGGCAGCCCAAGACAAGGAGGAAGCUGGCCAGGAGGAACCCACGCAGUCUGCUGGCGGCUCCCAGGACGGCGAGCAGAAGGCCGCCGCUCGGCCUCGGGAGCCCCGUGGGGAGCCUCGCGGGGACGCUGCUGUCGGCUUCAAAUCGCGAGCCGUGGAGAGUGGAAACUGGAGACAAGCCUCUGCAGGCGAGCAUCGAGGUGGUUCCCGUGGCGGGCAUAUCCCAAGUGGACCGCGCCGCGGUGGCGGUGGUCCUCCGCGAGGCCCGCGUAAUGACCGCAGCGACACGGGACGCCAGUCCCGUGUCAAUGGAAGCGGACCGGCGGCUGCUCACCAAUCUCAGGCCGAGUCUUCCGAGUCUGGCGCCGUCACCGUUGACGAGGACGGAUGGACCAUCGUCCCCAACAAGAAUCGCCGUGGCGGCGGCGGCGGCAGCGGCGGCGGCAGUGUUCGCGGCUCCAUCCCCUCCUAAUGUACAUUACCGACCUUUCCU